AGCAAUCCCGAUCACCAGUAUUUCAAGAAACUCUCUAAAUCUCUCUCCAAAAAUGAAACGAGAUUUCUUCAAAAAUCUCUCAUCACAAAUUAGCACAAACAUCCUUUCGAGACUCCCUCUUCGAACCAUCGCCAUAAGCAAGUGUGUCUGCAAACCAUGGCUCCACCUCCUCGCAACAGAUGACUUCGUCAAAUCCCAUCUUGCUAAAUCCGACCCCUGCCUAGCUCUCUCGACGGCAGACGAAGACUCAACCUCCUUCGCAGUCUUCGAACUCAACGAUGAUCAAAAUCUCAAUCGCCACGAUCUUCAUUACAAUCGACUCACCAAGUUUGAUUUCCCUCACAGCUCAAAUAUAAUAUGCUCCGCCAACGGCUUUCUUUUUCUACAGGGUUCGGGUGAAACUCAUUAUGUAUGCAAUCCGAUCACCCGUGAACACACCGAGCUCCAUUGCUCUCAAGAAAUAAUCCAACCAUGUCGAAAGAUAGUAAACUAUCCUGAGAUUCUUGGGGAGUCUCGUUACGCUUAUCCAGAUUUUGUUGGUUAUGGAUUUGGCGUGAGCAAAAUAAGUGACCAAUAUAAAGUGGUUCGGAUUUACCUUGACUCCGUCAUAGUUCAGGGAAACAAUGGAAGCUUUUCAGGUAGAAGGGUGAUACCUAAAGCCGAAUGCCACGUCCACACUCUAGGAACAGGGCAGUGGAGGCGCGUGGAGCCUGGUGCCCUCCUUCUCGAGUACACUUAUCGUUCCUCAUGCGUGUUCCUUAACGGUAAUCUUCACUGGGUAGCAUCAGACUGCGAUGAAAAAUUGUGGAUUUCCUGCUUUGAUCUUGAAACGGAGAGCUUCAACUACUUGUCGAUUCCUCCCAUUUUUCAAGAGAGCUUUGAGCUCAUGCCGGGUUUGUCUACUUUGGAGGAGUGCCUGUGUUUGUGUGAUCAGACUAUGGAAGAGGAGACUGUGAUUUGGGUGAUGAAGGAGUAUGGUGUCGAGGAAUCUUGGACAAAAGAGUAUACGAUCAGGUUGAACGACGGAGAUGAAAUUUAUGUUGAGGGGUGGGAGCUUGUUUACCCAAUCAAAGUUUUUGAAGAUGGUGAUAUUUUGAUGUUGCUUGAAAACACCCAACUCUUGUACUACUCCGGCAAGAAUGAGACGGUUGGACAAGUUGGAAUCUUUGGUAUAGCUUCUGGCUCCAUUCUUUUCACUCCCAGUUUUCUCUCACUCACAAGUUUGGGAGUGGAGAGUGUUGUUCAUACGAGUACAACUCGAACGCAUGUUGAAGAGGUCAAGGAGUUGGAAGAGUCUAUGGGGAACCAGGAGAUGGCCGUGCUGAAUUACGAGAAGGCGAGUCCGACGCCUUCGUCGUCGGUCAGGAAAAGAAGGUCCUGCCGCGGACCAAGUACGGAGACUUUGUGCCGCGAUAGCAGCGGGAAGUAGACAAUAGUUAUUUUUUCCAUAUUUGCUUUGGUUAUUUCCUCAGAAUAAAUAAUUAUUUGCUUUAGAACAAAUGAUUAUUUCCGCUUUAGAAUAAAUGAUUAUUUGAACGUUGGGUCAAUUGGGCUUUACUCUCCUUUUUGAGUUUUCUUUGUUGAUUCUUUCCCGAAGAAUUGUCGAAUCAACAUGUCGUCCCCCUUGCCGCUACCGCUCCUCUGAAAUCUAAGCAGGCGGAAUCGGAAGAGAAGCAGAAGUCGUUCAGCGACGGUCCAGAUCAACGACGCUUACUCAGAGGACGGUUCGAUGAAGACGAUGUGUUAAGAGUUCAGGAAUGCCGUGAAGCAGAGGGUUUGUUAUACGGUGCAACCCGUGCAGCCCUCUGCAAGGCUCAAAGAGACGAGACCAGAGCAACUGAUGGAAGAGUUGGGUUUCGAUACAUCAGGGAUGGUCGACAAGGAGCCGAAGAGAACGAUCGGGAAAGAUAGCCCGCGCCGCCAGAGACGGCCGCCGGAUCACCUGGCCAACUUCUCCACCAGCCGGAAGUGAAGCAGAGUAAUCGAGUCUUAUUUUGGUUUAGUUAGUAUUUUUAUUUUUGUUGCUUUAUUUUGAUGACAAUUAUUUACUUAUUGAAUAUUUUGAGUUGAGCGGGCUUUAAGCUCAUUUUCGGGUUUUCUUCGUUGAUUCUUUCCCGGAUCGCAGGUCGAAUCAACCCUAGGGUCCUUAGAUAUAAAUAGGCGUGUAUUUUAUUUCACCGUCAAGGAAUAAAAUAUUUUUACGCUAUC